CAUUCACUUUUCCCAUCAUCACCCGCUGCCAGUCCGCCCUUCUGACAUCUUGCAUCAUCAACACUCAACCUUUUCAGUCUCUGAAAUCUAUUUGAAAUCAACGUUAUUUUCAAAAUGCCUCCCAAAGCCGCCGACAAGAAGCCCGCCGCCAAGGCUCCCUCAACUGCCAGCAAGGCUCCCGAGAAGAAGGAUGCCGGCAAGAAGACUGCCGCCUCUGGCGACAAGAAGAAGCGGUCAAAGACUCGCAAGGAGACCUACAGCUCCUACAUCUACAAGGUCCUCAAGCAGGUCCACCCCGACACUGGUAUCUCCAACCGUGCCAUGUCCAUCCUGAACUCCUUCGUCAACGACAUCUUCGAGCGCGUUGCCACCGAGGCUUCCAAGCUGGCCGCCUACAACAAGAAGUCCACAAUCUCUUCCCGAGAGAUCCAGACAUCCGUCCGACUGAUCCUGCCGGGUGAGCUGGCCAAGCACGCCGUCUCUGAGGGCACCAAGGCCGUCACCAAGUACUCCUCAUCCACGAAAUAAGAGGGGUUCAUGACGACUGGGUUCUGAUUUCACAUCUGAAAACUUGGGUUUUGUUUGCGUGACUUUAGUGUCUUUACUCGAGACGAUGGGUGACUGUGUUUCGCCUUUGGGAUCUCUUAAUGCGUUACGGAUGGUUUGCUUUAUGGGGGCAAUGUCUUCACGGUCAAUGGGGUUCGCGGUUGUACAAUAGCUAUCGAGGAUAUCUCGAAGCAAUGGUUUCUGCACAUUAUGCUAUUUUAUUUUCCUCUGCAUCAACAAUCACAGAAUCUUCUAAAACUUCGCCUUGUCC